UUUUGGAUAACUUCCCAUAUUAUGUAUUUUUCUCAUUCUUUUUUGUUUGUCUUAGAAGGAUCCAUCCUUAUGUUAUUAUAACUUUGGAUUAGAAGCGUCUAUUCAUAUAUUAUAUAUAAUUAUUAUUUUGACCGUGGAUAUUUUGUUCCUGUAUUAUGUAUUUUUCUUGUUAUUAUUAUGGCUUUGAAGGAUCAAUUCCUAUAUUACGUAUUAUUAUCAUUAUCAUUAUCAUUAUUAUAUCCCAACAUUCCCUUUUCCAAAUACGGGGGUGAUGAGUUGUCUUCUUGUUGUUGUUGUUAUUAUUUUAUUACUAUUUUCUUCCCCAGCAUCUUCCUCUUCCAUUGAGGUCACUUUGGAGGAUCGGGAACUUUGGGAGAAAUUCCAUCAAAUUGGGACUGAGAUGAUAAUCACCAAAAAUGGGAGGCGCAUGUUUCCUCAAUGCAAGAUCAAAGUGAGUGGAUUGCUUUCUGAAGCCAAGUAUCUCAUGAUGGUGGACUUUGUUCCUCUGGAUAAUUUCCGUUAUAAGUGGGCGAAGGACCAAUGGGAGGUGUCUGGGAAGGCAGAGCCCCGCCCCCCACCCCGGACCUACCUGCACCCAGACUCUCCAUCCCUCGGCUCCCAUUGGAUGAAGCAGGCUGUCUCCUUCCAGAAGCUCAAGCUCACCAACAACACCCUGGACCCCCAGGGACACGUGAUCCUCCACUCAAUGCACCGCUAUCAGCCCCGGUUCCAUGUUCUCCGUGCAGAAGACAGUCAAGAUGGCGGUCGAUGGAGCUCCUUUCGAACCUUUCUAUUCCCGGAGACGGCCUUCACCUCCGUCACGGCCUACCAGAACCAGGAGAUCACGAAACUGAAAAUAUACAAUAAUCCGUUCGCGAAGGGCUUCAGGGAUCAAGGAGGGAACGCUUCUCGGGAGGGGAGGGUCCAACGGAAGAGGAAGAAGGAGGAGUCCAAAUCGAAGAUGGCUGCCAACCAGAGAGAGCGGAUGGAUUCAUCGAUUGUUGGGAAAGUGGCGGAAGAAAACGAGGAAGAGGAGGAAGGCAGCCUUUGCCCUGACGAGUGGCCCGACGGACGCCAUUUUGGGCCUUUUCCAGCAAAAAUGGCCGAAGGCCCUUACAGGUUCCUCCCGGAGACUGACGACCUUUGGCCCCGCCCCCCUCCAACAGACUUCCCCCCAAAGGUCAUGACCCCUGACCCGGGCCCCUCCCCGUUCCGGCCUGCCUUUCCAGAGCAGGCCUUUGGGGCCCAAUGGAUGGUGGCCCCUCCCCCUUACUGCCCAGUGGCCUUCCCUGCUGAGUUCGGGGGGUCACAGGGAGGUCACGCCCCGGGGUCACCGUGUCCCUUCUUCCCUUAUUGGUGAUAGUAGAAUCGGAAAGAAUAAAAAGGGAUGUUAAAUGGG